AUGGCUCCUGUAGUACCCUCACAGGAUAGCCUAGACCGGCGGAAGGUAGUCGGCAUCAACGCAGAAACCGUCACCAACAUCACCGCUACCGAUUUCCCAAAUCACCACGCAGGUGAAGAUCUCGCAUGGUCGCUCGAGAAAUUCAAAACCAACCUGCGAGUCCAAUUCCACCAAAAUCAAGAACACGAAGCCACGUUCUCCCUCAUCGGCGUCGACGCCUCCUUGGCCAAUGCCUUCCGCCGCAUCCUUCUCGCCGAAGUGCCCACUCUCGCCAUAGAAAAAGUCUACAUUGAGAACAACACCUCCGUCAUCGCCGACGAAGUUCUCGCACACCGAUUGGGUCUCAUCCCAUUAAAAGGCAGUCUCGAGGGCCUUUCAUGGCUGAAAUGGUUCAUUGGACCCAAUCCAGAAAUCGGCUUCGAAGGCAUGGAACGCUCGGAUUACAACACCGUCGUCCUCCACUUGAAAGUCAAGUGCGAGCGCAACCCAGACGCCGACAAGAAUGCCACGGAACCGGAGGAGAAAUACAUUAACAGCAGCGUCUAUUCGCGGCACAUCAAAUGGCAGUCCACGGGCCUGCAGGAGAAAUACUUCAAGAAUGGACCCAUAGAACCCGUCAGUCCAGAUAUUUUGAUCACGAAAAUGCGGCCAGGCCAGGAACUCGAUAUGAUCAUACAUGCACACCUAGGCAUCGGCGCCGACCACGCCAAAUUCAGCCCCGUCGCUACGGCCACCUACCGCCUCCUCCCGACCAUCACAAUCACAAAGCCCAUCGUCGGGGCCGAUGCGAAGAAGUUCCAGAAAUGCUUCCCACCAGGCGUGAUUGGCCUUGAGCGUCUCACAAACUACGAAGCCGAGAGCCAGCAGGCAGGCUACCGAGGCCACUGGGGUGAGGAGAAAGCCGUCGUACUUGAUGCCAUGCGCGACACAGUCUCGAGGGAAGUCCUCCGCCACGACGAGUUCAAGGACAAAGUCAAGCUGGGUAGAGUUCAAGACCAUUUCAUCUUCAAUGUGGAGAGUACUGGUCAAUUUCCCAGCGACAUGCUGUUCCUUGAGAGUGUCAAUGUGCUAAAGUACAAGGCGAAGAGGUUACUUCGGGCGUUGGAUGCGAUGGAGGGCCGAUAA